GGGAAGAAGGGAGGGAUGAAGCGCUCCGCGUUACGGCGAUCGCGCCCAGACUGGCAGGCAGCGGAACGUCAAUCCAGAGACAAGCGGGACGCACCUCGCUGUUCGUCACCUCGAUCUUCGCCUUUUAUCGAGAAUAAAACAUAUUUUUUGCGCUGUGGUAUUUUGGAUUUAUUGCAGCGAUGCUCAAUCGGGAAACGAAAUGCGACCGUUUACAUGAUGCGGGGAAGAUAACAGCAAAGAAGACGUGACAGCAGCGGUGUCGGAACGCGUCGGGAUUUCAUGUCGAGAAAGGAAAUGCCGUGUGCUGGCGUGGGUUAAGAUUGUUAUAGCGCUGUUAAGAAGUUUAGAUGCAGCAGAAACAACCUGGGCAUUGAAUGGAUGAACAGAAGUGUCGUUGUUACUAGAAUGUUUCCUUUUUAGGUAGAAGGAACAAUGCAGGAUGUAUUAUUGCUGAUCUGAUGGAGAUGCCUGGAUUGAUGCCUGGAUUGCACAAUGCUUAAAAAUAUUGUGAAGGCACUCUCAAAGCGCUUCCUCUGCCCCCCGAACGCGCGCCGCGUCAGUGCGCGCUCCCGCCGCCAGCUCUGGUACUCGGUGAUGCUGCGGACACGUGCGAUCGCUGUGACAGUUUUUCAGCAAUUUAUCGAAAGCAGUAAGGAUUCGUGAGGCUUGCUUUUCCACCGUCCUGGAAAAUGUUCGUGCUUGGAGUUCUGCUUAGCAUAUUCCUCCUAAUAAAGGGAAACUGCAGUCGUGUAUCUUGGGAAAAUAUUUAUGGCAAUUUGCACAACCGAUUGAACGAAGUCGAUGAGGCGGAUUAUAAGCCACACAUCAUUUUCAUUCUGGCCGACGAUCAGGGUUACCGAGAUGUGGGGUACCAUGGGUCUGAGAUAAAAACCCCCACCUUAGACAAACUGGCGUCGGAGGGCGUCAAGCUGGAGAAUUACUACGUCCAACCCAUCUGUACCCCCUCCAGGAGCCAAUUUAUGACAGGAAGAUACCAGAUCCACACGGGCCUCCAGCACUCCAUCAUCCGGCCCACUCAGCCCAACUGCUUGCCCCUGGACAACGUCACGCUGCCUCAGAAGCUGAAGGAUGUUGGCUAUUCUACGCACAUGGUUGGCAAGUGGCACCUGGGCUUCUACCGGCGCGGGUGCCUGCCCACGCAGCGCGGCUUCGACACCUUCUUCGGCUCGCUGCUGGGCAGCGGGGACUACUACACCCACUACAAAUGUGAGAGCCCCGGCAAUUGUGGCUACGACCUCCACGAGGGCGAGGCGGCCGCCUGGGACCAGGACCGCGGCCUCUACUCCACCCUCAUGUACACACAGAAGGCCACAGACAUCCUGGCCUCGCAUGAUCCCCGGCAGCCGCUCUUCCUCUACCUGGCUUACCAGGCGGUGCACCUCCCCCUCCAGGUCCCCGCACAAUACCUGGCCGGUUACCACUCCAUCGCCAACCCAUACCGCCGCAAGUAUGCUGCCAUGGUUAGCUGCCUGGACGAGGCCGUGCGCAACCUCACACUCGCGCUGCGGCGGUACGGUUACUAUGACAACAGCGUGCUGAUCUAUUCCACGGACAACGGCGGGCAGCCCGUGGCCGGGGGCAGCAACUGGCCUCUGCGGGGAGGCAAGGGCACGUACUGGGAGGGCGGUGUGAGGGCAGUGGGCUUCGUGCACAGCCCCCUACUGGUGAAGAAGAGGAGGCGCUGCCGUGGGCUGGUGCACAUCACCGACUGGUAUCCCACCCUGGUGACAUUGGCGGGUGGGUCACUAGAGGAGGAGCUGGACCUGGACGGAUAUGAUGUCUGGGAGGCCAUCAGCGAGGGACGACCCUCCCCACGCCAGGACAUCUUGCACAACAUCGACCCCGUGUACAUCAAGGCCCGCGCGGGCUCCUGGGAGGCGGGGCUGGGCGUGUGGGACACGUCGGUGCAGGCGGCACUGCGCGUGGGCCGCUGGAAGCUGCUCACUGGCGUCCCGGGUUAUGGCGACUGGGUGCCACCACAGACCUUCUCCACCCUGCCGCUGGCGGGCCGCUGGCAGCAGGAGCGCGUCCACUGGGACCGCGGCAAGUCCGUGUGGCUCUUUGAUUUGGCCGCCGACCCAUAUGAGCGCGUCGACCUAUCGUUCCGCUACCCCCGCGUGGUGAAGAGGCUCCUGCUCAAGCUGGCCCAGUACAAUCGCACGGCAGUGCCGGUCCGCUACCCGGCCAGGGACUCCCGGUCCAACCCGCAGUUCCGCGGGGGGGUCUGGGGCCCCUGGUACGAGGAGCAGGGGGAGCAGGAAAAGAACCUGCUGCCCAGAUAUGUGGAGGACAGGCUGAAGAAGGAGCAGAAGAAAAACAGAUUUAGGGGGAGGUCCAGGCAUUAGAGCUGCCUUCCUGCACAGGCGGGGCGUGUCUCAGGGACUACAAGUCAUCAUGUGACUCAUUUAGCAUUUAACAUCUUUCUGAGGCAUUGAAACUGCAUGACUGACCUUCACUGAGCCUCAGAUCAUUAACGGGUUUAUUAUGUUACUGGAGAAACUAAUCGAGUUGCAGACAGUAAAUGUUUGGUGCCAAAAGACAGUUGUACUGUAUACAUUUCAGAAAGUGACAUAUAAUUAAAAAAAACUUUAUUUAAUA